GCAGCCUACAUUUCAUCAUCCGCUGAGGAGGAAAAGCAGCACGGUUGUCUAGGGUGCGCGCAAACAACGGUUGAAAGGCUAUUUCUUCCGACUGUAAAGUGUAGCGUGAUUGGCUGGGUAGAGGUUUGUUGGUAAACAGCAAGCUGGCCGGUGAGCUAGCAACAGCUUUUGUGUUUUAUUUUAGCCGAUAGAGCCGAAGAGGCCAAGAUGGAGUUUUAAGGCAAUAAUGCGGUAACUGCACGGCAUCGGCAUGCACCAGGCAAAGAAAAGCGAUUUGCGGGACUUCACCAUCACAACUGCCAAGCAGUUGGGCUCUGAUACCGUCCGCGGUAUAGCCGUGAGCCAACCGAUACCUCUCCUGCUUGAUAGGAGGAAGCUAACGCUAGCCAGUUAGCCUGUGGGCCCAUUCAUUUAGCGCAAAGCAGCUGUUACAUAAAAGCGUAAACUACUACCCUUUCUAUCCUCAUACCAUUCCUGUAAAGAUGAAACCUCAAGACAUCGUAGCUGGGAAAUCCAGUCUGUGGAUCUUUGGGUACGGCUCUUUGGUUUGGAAACCAGACUUCAAGUUCAAGAGGAGCAAGAUCGGCUUUAUCAAGGGGUACAAGAGACGCUUCUGGCACGGGGACAAUUUUCAUCGUGGAGAUGAUGAGAUGCCCGGAAGAGUGGUGACGCUCAUCGAAGAGGAUGACGCGAGCACUUGGGGUGUUGCCUUCGAAGUGACUGGCUCUCAGGUCGAAGAGUCUCUGAAGUAUCUGAACGUAAGGGAGGCGGUUAGAGGCGGCUACCUGACCCAGGUCGUAGAGUUCUUCCCGCAGGGCACAAACCAGUCACCUGUCCAGGCUCUGGUUUACAUUGCCACACCUGACAACCCUAUUUACCUGGGCCCUGCCAGCACGGAGGAAAUUGCCGCUCAGAUCGCUGUGUGCAAGGGGAAGUCGGGCCACAACAUCGAGUACCUGCUUCGCCUGGCGGAGUUCAUGAGAGUCAGCUGCCCUGAUGUGGACGACGCUCACCUGUUCUCCAUCGAGGCAGCUGUUCUCGCCACUAUUAGACCCAUAUUGUUAGCAGGCUAGACACCUGUAGCUUCUGUAAAACAUUAGGUCAACAUUUAGUCCAAACACUAUUAAGGUCUUAGCAUUAAGUGAUUGUUGCCGUCCUUGAGGUGGAUUGUGAUUCUUAGUGGCUAUUCAAAUAUUUCAUUCUCCCUAUACUAAGCUAUUAAAACUUACUGUACGACAGUAAAGAUACUGUAUUAAUGGAACACUGCAUUUAAGGCUGUUUAUGUUGUUAUUCUAUAGUGUGACCAUGCAUACUGUCAGUUCUCAUUGUCUUGUGCUUUUGACCCAACUGUACGGUGCUGUAGUGCAAAGGCAUGCUUGUGAGACGAUGUAUUGCCAAAGUUUGUCCAGUUCUAAAGCUGCAUUUUUGUUUUAAAUGUGGAUAUGAAAUCUUAAUACACUUCCAUUUUUAAUUUGCACUGAAGCAAAAAACUGUUAAGCCAUUACAAUGGUUUUCCUUUUGCACAUUAAAGCCUUCAGAGAACCAGGAA